AUGGGGGAGCCCCACGACGGCGCGGCCGGGCGGGAGCGGAGCGGAGCCCGAGCUGCGGAGAGCCGGGGACCGGCUCUAAAAAAUGUAGAAGAUUUCACUGGACCUAGAGAAAGAAGUGAUCUGGGAUUCGUUACAUUUGACAUUACUGCAGAUUUGCAGAGUAUAUUUGAUUGGAACGUUAAACAAUUGUUUCUGUAUUUGUCUGCAGAAUAUUCAACAAAAAACAACGCCCUAAAUCAGGUGGUCCUGUGGGACAAGAUCAUGUUGAGAGGAGAUAACCCAAGGCUGUCCUUAAAGGACAUGAAGUCAAAGUACUUUUUCUUUGAUGAUGGAAAUGGUCUCAAGGGAAACAGGAAUAUCACCUUGACUCUCUCCUGGAAUGUUGUACCAAAUGCUGGCAUUCUACCUCUUGUAACAGGAUCAGGACAUGUGUCUGUACCUUUCCCAGAUACCUAUGAAACAACAAAAAGUUAUUAAAUUAUAGUACUGAAUCAUAAGCAAAAUAUUUUUAUACUUGUAUAUUGUGGAUACAUUUUAUUGCAGUUUCUUCUUGCAUCCCAUACAACUUUUCACUGAAAGGAACUUAAUUUCCUCAGGCUAGUAGUAUAGGAAAGGAAAUGAAAAUUCAGGGUUUUCAUUUUUUUUAAAUAAAACAUUGAAGCUGAAACUUAGGGGAAAGGUGAAUUGCAGAGUAAUGGUUUUAAGGGGGGAAAACUGAGGAUUUUUUUUUUUUCCUGGCCAUCUAAGUAUAGAUCUACUUUUCUUUUUAAUAAAUAUUUUUAAACCAGAAGAUAGUAUUCCUGUGUUUGGGCUUUUUAGGUACUGUGAUAUUUAUUUUGUGUAGAACUCAAAUACACCUUCUGGAGUUGGUUUCUGGGAGUGCCUGAAAGAAGCAGCUGUUCCAUUUUGGGGCAUUUUUUAAAUCCAUGUGCAGUAUGUUACAGCAAGCUAAGCUUGGUCCUUUCUAGGACUGCCAGCAACUACUUGGAAAACUGAUGGUUCCUUGUCUGUCAGUCUCCAUCAGGUCUUGAGUGCCACUGAUGUAGCCCACAUCUAGUUCUAUAUUACAGUCAUUUUAAUAACUGCUUGCAAUGCAGCAAGUCUUAAGACUUUAAGCAUAAGACAUAAGGCCAAGUCAGUAAGAAAAGUAAAAGCUUUAGGUAAAGAAAGGCUUUUCUGAAAUGGAAUCUCUAGAUUGUUUUUUUUUUAGGAUCUUUUCAUCAAGAAGAAUUGCUUCUGCUUGUUCCAGAAGGGGCUGAGACAACUAAUAUUAGAGAGGACCUUCCAUAGCAAGGAAUAGGAUGGAUGUUCCCUAAACAGCCUGGUUAAGCCUUUCCAUAAUAGAGGACUUUCCCAUGGUAAGAUAGAGUAAUUGAGGCAGAUUUACCAGCUUGGGUGUCAGUGAGUCUGCCUGCAAGUCUUGCUGAGUUGCAUGAACCAGGUAGGGUAGCAAGCAGUGUGUGGCAGCUUCAGUCAGCACCUCUGUGGAAAAAGUGGCCUGUACCUGCACAUCCCCCUGUGUGUGCUCCUUCCCCCAGCUACACUGUGAAUGCUGUCAGGGUUGGGAGGAUGGAAGGAGCAGGGUAUCAGGAUGGCCUCGUGGCAGCAGCAAUGGUUUGUAGUGAUUGACUGGUGCAUUUAGGUCAUCGGAUAUCCAGGAGAAGGAACCUGCACCACUGUCACCUUCCUGGCACAGUCUGUAAUUUACACGUGUAUCCUCAAACAAAGCAUGACAGGGGAAUUCAUUGCCAGACAGGGAAUGUUCUGGAUGUACUGGGGUCUUGGAAAAAGAGGGAACUAAACUGUAAAUUAAAAAAAAAUGUAAUAGGAAAAAUGAGAACUGCGUGAAAAAGUGGAAAACCUUACAAAAGAAGAGGUGCAAAAGACUGGAGCAGAGUAUCCUUUGUUUUGAGUUCACCUAAGAGCCAAUUGAUUUUGAGGGAACCAACUUGCUUUUAAAAAGGGGUCUUUAAUAUUUGUGAAUUAUCCCUAAAUGACUAAUACCUUCUUGAUGUUGAUGUAUUAAUCAAAAAGGUCUUGGAAAAAAAUCCUAAAAGGUGCUUUGUCUUUAAAAACAAAAUUUUAAGUGCAAAAAUUAAAAAUCUUUUUUCACAUGAAUGUUUUAGGAGAAUUUGUCAUUUGUAUUCAGCAUAUGUGCAUGAAUUUCAGUUCUCUGAAUUUGUGCUUCUCUCUGGAGUAGUAUAAUCAGCACACUGAAACACACACUACUUUUGCUGUGCUUUGAUAUCAAAUGUAUAUAUGGCUGUAAAAACGGUUACAGAGAACUUAGAACCGUCAUAGAGAAGGAAAAGAAAUUAUUUUUAGAGAUAAUUGGGCAAAGUUGUGGGUUUGUUUUGGUAAUUGCUGAAUAAGUGGUUGGUUUUUUUCAUAAAUUACGUUCUUGAAUUGUUCACUGAAGCAUUUCUUGUGGCUUGGCAUUCAACCACUUCCCUGCAUUCCUUUGGCAGUAUUCUUCCAAUGAAUAUGUCUGCCUAUUAAAGAGAAGCUUUAACUACAAAGACAGGGAUCCACUGUCAAGGAGCGUCAGAGACAAAGCUUUCUUUCCAAUAAAAUGGUAUAU